UCCUCCCAACAGGUUUGUCUUUCUUUAUGGUCGGUACAAAGUCAGCGUUGUGUUCUGAAGUCUUUGCAUGAAAAUCAAAGACAAGUUGAGAAGAAUAUGUCAAUAAAGAGGACGCUGGUUCGCGUGGAAAGAUGAAAUGCGACACUAGAAAAAGUUGAAGGAGACGAUUGGGGAGGGAAAGUGCGGGGUUCUCCGCGUGGCCAAUCCAAGAUCAAGCACAUGCCCCGGCUCCUCCCUCUCCUCCCUGAACCCCGCCCCCUCCCCUCUGUGCUCAUGCGGUUGCAGAGUGAGAGGCCCAGAGAGCCGGUGAGAGGGAAGUGAGAUCAGUUACAGAGCUGAGGUACCAACAAGUGACCUGAGAGUAGCGAGGGCAGCGCAGACAGAAGCAGGAGGAUUCAGGAGUGAGCGACAGUUUGUGGCGUAGACCAGCAGCAUGUUUGACUGCAUGGAGGCCCUGGGGUUGGCCCCAAGACCCCGCUACGAUGUGUCUGCACAGGGCUCCUGCAUGCUGGCCAAGGCCCCGCCGUUCUUCACCAGCCUGGACCCCUUUGCCUGGGCGGGGACCAACAGCCUCCAGUCGGUGGAGACCCAGAGUACCAGUUCCGAGGAGAUGGUACCCAGCUCACCGUCUCCUCCGCCGCCGCCUCGCAUCUACAAGCCUUGCUUCGUGUGCCAGGACAAGUCGUCUGGAUACCACUAUGGGGUCAGCUCCUGUGAGGGAUGCAAGGGUUUUUUCCGCCGCAGCAUCCAGAAGAACAUGGUGUACACGUGCCACCGAGACAAGAACUGCCAGAUCAACAAAGUGACGCGUAACCGCUGUCAGUACUGUCGGCUGCAGAAGUGCUUCGAGGUCGGCAUGUCCAAAGAAGCGGUGCGCAACGACAGGAACAAGAAGAAGAAGGACGUGAAGGAGGAGGCGGUGUUGCCUGAGAACUACGAGCUCAGCGGUGAGCUGGAGGAGCUGGUUAACAAAGUCAGCAAGGCUCACCAGGAGACGUUUCCAUCUCUGUGCCAGCUGGGCAAAUACACCACAAACUCGAGCGCUGACCACAGAGUCCAGCUGGACUUGGGCCUGUGGGACAAGUUUAGUGAGCUAUCCACCAAGUGCAUUAUCAAGAUCGUGGAAUUUGCCAAGCGGCUACCAGGCUUCACCACGCUCACCAUCGCCGAUCAGAUCACCCUCCUCAAAUCUGCAUGUCUGGACAUCCUGAUGCUGAGGAUAUGCACGCGCUACACCCCCGAGCAAGACACAAUGACAUUCUCCGACGGCCUGACCCUCAACAGAACCCAGAUGCAUAACGCCGGCUUUGGCCCGCUCACUGACCUGGUGUUCGCCUUCGCCGGGCAGCUGCUGCCUUUGGAGAUGGACGACACAGAAACGGGCCUCCUCAGCGCCAUCUGCCUGAUCUGCGGAGACCGCAUGGACUUGGAAGAGCCCGACAAGGUGGACAAGCUGCAGGAGCCGCUGUUGGAGGCAUUGAAGAUCUACACCCGCCGCCGACGCCCCAACAAGCCUCACAUGUUCCCUCGCAUGCUCAUGAAAGUCACCGACCUCCGAGGGAUCAGCACCAAAGGUGCAGAAAGAGCCAUCACACUAAAGAUGGAGAUUCCUGGCCCCAUGCCGCCGCUCAUCAGAGAGAUGCUGGAAAAUCCAGAGGCCUUCGAGGACAGCAGCGACUCAGGAGAAAGCGCCGCCACCAGCACCGAACCCGCAACCGCUCCUCCGCCCGCCGUUCAGGCCAUUAAGCGAGAAGAGAAAAGCACAUGCGAGUCGGUGGUGGAGGAUGAAGAGGACGACGACGAGGAAGACGACUACUGGGACGAAGAGAGGGAGCGACUGGCGGACAGUGACGCAGAGCUAUGGGGAGAGGAAGCGGAGACGGCGGCAGGGGGGGCGACCACACAAAAUAAAAGCGGGACAACACAGCAGUAGUAAAUGAUGACGAUGCUGCCUCCUCAUCAUCCUCACCCUCCAAUCAGGCUCUUAUUAAACAAUUGCAACGUUUACAGGAAGUGAGGGAUGAAGCAAAAGCACUAAAAAAAUGGAGGACCGGAAUUUCACCGUGCCAAAAAAGACAGAAUGUGGUCCGCAGUGAGAGACAGGAGGACACACACCUCUUCAGGAAAAGGGCUACACUUAAAACAAAACAAAAAACAUUUUAUACAAUGAGAAGUGACACAAAUUGUUCCUUAUCUUUUGUAAUUGUCUCUGUUCGUUGUCUAUUUUCUUUGUGUGUCUUUUUUUGUUUGUGGUGGACAAGGUGAGAGCAGGACUCAAAACUCCCAGCCUAAACGGUCUGAAUCUCAGGCGGCAAGUAAGCAAUACUGAAUUUGACGAUUGCAUUCUGAAAUAAGCCCAGCUGAUGCCGACUGAGGACAGAUCCGGUCAUGUGGUCUCUCCCGGGUGCACUCAGUCACCUGUCAGCACAGAGGAACAUGACUCCGCAUGACCGUGAAGCCAUAAAGUCGCGAGUCAGCUCCAUGGAAAUAAGAUAGAAUAGUAAGAUCUAUUUAAGCCUGCAGUUAGCUACACUCCACCUUCAUUCAUUUACGUGUUUUUACCGCUAAUAAAUGCACACAUCAAACUUUAACUGGAUUGUCUAAUGCCAAAUACUAGUUUUGUUUUUUUCCCAGUCGCCCCAUUGUAGCUGUACAGCAUAGUUUGAGGACAUCGGGGAUGACAUAGGAACGUUAAGAUGUUCUCAAGUGGAGGCCUGAAUGUAGCAGCUGAGAAUGUAAAGACAAGAAAAAAAAGGUAAUUUAGGUAUAAAAUACAGUUAGUGGAACAUCGGUUUUCGGUAAUAGUCCGUUCAAAAGGGUCUGACCAAAAACCGAAUCGUAUGAAAACAAACAUUGUGUCCUCUAAAUAAUGUAAAUCCAAUUGAUGAAUUUCGAACACCCAAAAAUAUUAACACAAAACACAUUUUGUAGAGAAUAAUUGUCGUUUUACAUGCAGAAAAAGAAAUUCACGCAGACGACACUUUCGUACUUUGCUACGAGUUUGUUUUUGAAUCCAAUCGGGUUUUUUCUUUGUCGAAGUGCUGGCACUUGCAACUUUCUUUGGCCCCACUGUAGAUUAUUUUGCAGAUGUACUCAAUAAUUUAAAACAAACACAGAGACUGAGUCAACAACAUGUGGGAUUUUGCAGAAUCAUACGCGGACAAAUGGACCAGUCUGGUUCAAUGAUAACCGAGACGGCAUACGCAAACCGAAUCCUACAAAAAGUGGAGCAUACGAAAACUGAGGUACCACUGUAGUAUAUUUCUGCGUCGAAGAUGUACAAAUGUGUCUUGUGUUAUAAAGAAGUUCAGUCAUACAAUUUCACUGUUAAAUUUGACAUACUAAAAUACAUCAUGACCAGAAUCUGUUAGGAGCCAAUAUAUUUAAAAAAUGCAUGUGUUAAAAUAGGGUACAUUAAGAAUAUCCACAAAAAAAAAGUACAAAUCAUACUAUUAAAAACUGUUUGAGGGUUAUGACAUAUUUGUGUUAUGCAAUAGAGAUUUAAUGACAGAAAAACAUACUUUUAAUGAGCUGGAACAUUUUUAAAAACAUAAAUCAACCUCCGCCAUCUCCUUCAUGUUAAGAUAUUUGAACAUCUAAUGAGUUGUUCUUGUUUUUUCUAUUAAAAAAAUGUCUAUGUACUUUGCUUAUUUGGUUUGCUUGUCAUUUGUUUUUUGACAAUGUAUUUUGAUAAAAGGCGCUUUGUUGUUCUC